AUGGAAGCCAAUCCAGACCUCGAACUCCAUCACCUGUCACUUCCCAAUCCUGAGCGAGGAGGAAGACCAGAUACCACUGCACCUGCCAAUGCUAAAGCAACCACAUCGACCGACAACAUACAUCGGGAGGCCCCCUUCAUCCGUCCAGAUCUGAAGACUCCUCCAAGCCAAGUACCACAAGCAGCUCCAAACUCAGCACACGAUGAUACUGCACUGCUCCCAGCUGGAGUAGCGAGACGCGCAUCACAACCGUCUGCAGAUCCGAGAGCAUCGCCUGACGUAGAAGCAGUCAGACCGCCCUUACCACCACCGCCGCCAUUGGCUGGUGCUGGUGGUAGUAACAACGACCCACCGGCCGGCUACCCCAGCCUCGCUGUGCAUAUGGCCAGCAUGCCUCAAGCAUCCAUCUUCCGCAGCUUCACCACACUCAACAUCUUGAACCUACUAUACAUGCAAGCGGAACUGGUAAGCCUCGAGGACGAGCUGCGCCGGUACCGGCUGGACGACGCGAACGCGGACUCGGGCACGAACGGCGAGCACAAGAGCGCCAAGGAUAGGCGGAAGUACGCCACAGACUGGGCGUUCCUGAGACGUUCAACGUCCGCGGAAGACUUGAGGGAGGCGCAAGCGGAAAGAGAGGCGCAGGGGUUGCAGGGGUCGCGAGCGAGCGCGCACUUGCUCCAGUGGCGUACUAUGGAGGACAUACGGGAGAGGUUGCGGAGAUACAAUGAAGCCAUCGUCCAAACGAUGAAAAUCCUAUCCGCCAGUGAACCAAGCCAGCACGACCUCCGAGACGUACAAGAAUACCUACGAUCUGAAGAGAUGUUGGCCGGAGGAGGACUGACGGGCAAGGAUCGCACCGUCUGGGGCUGCUUGGUGAAAAAUUCCCAGUGUCAACCCUCCGAAGAUCUCAUCACCCUCCUCCCACGUCCUGAAUCCGACCAUCUGACCAAGUUCGUCAUCAACAAAGUCGUCGCAAAUCUGCAAAACAGGAGGAAACAGUGGCGGUGGUUACGAAAAAUGGAAGGUGCCAACGGGAUUGCGAUGCUCGACGACAAAACAAUAUACCGGUGGACGUUCAUGUUGACAAGUGGGCUUGCGUCGAUGCUGCCCGUGGUUUCGAUGGUGGCGCUUCAGCAGGUUGAGGCUACGAGUGUGCGUGGGCUCAGUUUGGGGCUCAUCGCGCUUUUCAACUUCGUUCUUGCGGUGCUACUAACGUGGUUCACAUCCGUCAGGCGGGUGGAGGUGUUUGCAGUCUCAGCGGCUUUUGCAGCAGUAAAUGUUGUCUUCGUCACGAAGUCGUCGUGA